AAACAAUCCAUCCCUCGACUCACGAAUCCUGUCUGUACCAAUCAAUGAGUCAAUCGACCGCGAGGUUUCGUCUCACGUAGCUCUUAUCUAUUAUGCAUUUAGAUGAUAGGCGGGAGCACACAGCUUAUCGAAUAUGCUGAUAACUCUCUAUGACCCUGAUUGCCUGCUGCACAAGACAGUGGAGUUGCUCGGCUCAAAGCUCAUUCCUGCAUUAGAAUCACCGGCACGGCUUGAGGCGAUCCUGGAAGCUUUGCAUCUCUCAGAACAUGAGUGUCGCAAGAUUCAGCUCAGUGCCGGUGGUGAUGAAGGGCGAGUAUCGAGGUUGACAAAGCUAACUUCAGAUACACACAAUCACAACUACUUGCAACAUCUGCAGAGUGUGUACGAGGAGUGGCUAUCUGCAGGCUUGAUUGAGAAGGAUGGCAACGUCUUACCGGAAUGUUUUUACCUGCCCACCUCAACAGGCAAACCGAUGCGACCACCAAAGGAUGUCUUUGCUCGAGCAGGAUAUUUUGCAUUUGACAUGAGCAGUGGAAUUAUGUUAGACAGCUACCGGGCUAUCGUUGCAUCUGCAAACCUUGCAUAUGAAGGAACGGACAUGCUUACUGGGUUCGGCACGGACGGUGCAACUGAUGUCGACACAGUCUUUGCGCUCUGUCGCCCGCCCGGACAUCACUGUGAUGGGCGACGGGCGGGAGGUUACUGCUAUAUCAACAAUGCUGCUCUUGCGGUGAGCACAUGGCGAGCCUCGAAACCACAAGCACGCGUGGGCAUUCUUGACAUUGACUUUCACCACGGAAAUGGUACCCAGGAGAUAUUCUACUCUGAUCCAAAAGUUCUGUAUGUCAGCAUUCAUGGGGAAGACGAGUUUCCUUAUUACACAGGCGCUGAAGAUGAGAGAGGUAUUGGUGAAGGUGAAGGAACGAACAUCAAUCUUCCGCUCAAAGUUGGCAGUCCGUUUGAAGAAUACAUGUCGAAGCUAGAGUACGGCCUUGAUCGCCUGCUAGAUUUCCGGCCCGAGUUUCUGGUCAUUAGUCUUGGUUUCGAUACGUUCCAUGCAGAUCCUCUAGGUCAUUUUCAGAUCCAUACGGAAGACUAUGGGACGAUCGCAACAAGAAUAAGGCAGAACCUGAAGGACAUCCCGUGUCUAGUCCUGCUUGAGGGUGGCUAUGUUAUUGAACAUCUGGGUGCUAAUGUCUUGUCAUUUCUCAAAGGAUGGAAGUCUGUCUGAUGUGUAGCUGGUGGUCCUGGGUUUCUUGCACCUGUGGCUUUCGGGGACGGGUCUGGCCAGAUUUAUGGGAUUUUAAUCGCGUGGGAUUCGUCUGCAGAUCGAAGAAUGCAAACCCAUCAUCGAUCCGCCGUCGCACACCGGCGCAUUUUACGAAGCUUCAAGAUGCGGUUUCAGCUUUUCGACCCGGAUCGCAUACUCCAGGAAGCGGCACCACUCCGCGACAGAUGGGCAGUCGAUCGUAUAGUCAAGAUCUUGAGAUACCGAGAUCUGGGCUCGAAGAUUCCGGACAGCGGAACAAUACCGUUGUCACAGAUGCCAGUCCUGCAGGACCGGGUGGAUCUGAUGCAGAUUUGGUGCAGCCACGUUGUGUACUAGGCACGACGGCGUGCUUGACGUCCAGCUACGUGCCCCUGGGUAGAACUGAGGAGCGUCUUCACAAUUGAUCACCUAAAAUCAUCCAAUUUGGGAUAGGAUAACAAAGCCAUG